AUGCCAAAUUCCGUGAAGGAUCAUCAUAAUUAUAAUUAUAAUUAUAAUGAUAAUGAUGAUGAUGACAAUGACAACGAUGAUGAUUAUGACAAUAAUAAUGAUAACGAUGAUAAUGAUAAUGAUGAUGAUAAUGAUAAGGAUCAUAAUAGUUAUAAUGAUAAUGAUGAUGACGACAAUGACAGUGAUGAUGAUUAUGAUAAUAAUAAUGAUAAUGAUCAUAAUAGUUACGAUGAUAAUGAUGAUGAUGAUAAUGAGAAUGAUGACAAUGAUGAUAAUUAUGAUAAUAAUAAUAACAAUGAUAAUGAUGACAAUGAUGACAAUAAUAAUAACAAUGAUAAUGAUGAUGAUAAUGAUGAUGACAACAAUGGUAAUGUGGUGACGAUGACAAGAAUCAUAAUAGUUAUGGUGAUAAUGACAAUAAUGAUGAUUAUGAUAUUAAUAAUGACGAUGAACGUUUUGGCAAGCGCUUAA